GUUGGAAAGGGGAUGAGCUCAUCGUUGAGAAGCCAGUUUCAGAGAGGAAAAUGAUGAAAACGGGGCACGCAGCAGCAGAAGACACUGGUUUAAUGUGAAGAGGAUAGAAAGCUUCUGCAGACCUGCUGCAAGAGGAGAACGUUACACAAGGACGCUUAAAAUAUGGUUUGGUCCCGGGAGAGAGACACGGAUCAUCAUCCCCUGUCCGUCAUCCUGCCGCAGCUCUACCUCGGAGCGGAGAGCGACGUUACGCAGGACAGGCUGGCCUCUCUGGGUAUCUCCUAUGUGCUAAGUGUGAGCCGCUGCAGCCCCCAGCCCUCCUUUCUGCCUCCCUCCAGAUACCUUCGCAUCCCAAUUGAUGAUUCCUUGUGGGACAACCUGCUGCCUUGGAUCCCCCAGGCAAUGCACUUCAUCGAUGCAGCCAUGUCUUCUGGAGCCUCAGUGUUGGUGCACUGUGCGGCGGGAAUCUCUCGUUCCCCGGCACUAGCUGUAGCCUACAUUAUGUACAGCCUGGAAAUGGAUCUAGACCAUGCAUACAGGUUUGUGAAAGAGCGUCGGCCCUCCAUCUCACCAAACUUCAACUUCCUGGGUCAACUGCAGCACUUCCAGGGUGCUCUGAGCCAGAAAACCUCUGGUGGUGACUUCAUCAUCCAUCACCUGGACAAUCACCUGCCAUCCAUGAAUGACAGAGUUAGCUACACUCAUGGCAGUCAGAACCACAAUUAUCAAGUGGACAGUGUCACUGGGGAUUCAUCACAACUCAAAGACAAAACACAACAGAAACAGUCACUUUCAGAUGCCAACAGAAACCACCAACAGAGAAUUGAGACUCUUGAUCUGACUGUGUCUCAAAAUCAGCAGCAUGUGCAGACACGAUGUGAGAUUCCAGCUUCAAACCCUUGUGAGCCCAUCAAAGCAGUACCAAAGCAUACAAAACUACAAUUCCCAUCAAGCACUGCUUCUCUAUUAGAGAAACGUAAAAGCCUCUCGCUCGCUUUGACCCCUUUGGGAAUGUGUCCUCUCUCUGAACCAAGCAGCAGUGAACAAGCAAGAGGCACUACCAUAUCAAAAACUGUCCACGAUAGGGAGACAGAAGAGAAGCCUGAGGCAAAGACACUUAGUCAUACAGGCAGAUACAGACAGGAAGGGAACACCCACAUGGAACAGAGUCCCUCCCACAGCAAGUGCAGCAGAGCUGAAGUGAAGGAGCAGGGCCUACUGUCACCGUUAAGCUUCACUUUGAACAAGCUACUUGGGUGGGGGGAGAGAGUGCUACUGGGAGGCCUUUUUGUCCACCCUGUGAGGAUGGGACAGCCUACACUACCAUACAGGUGCUAAGAGUGAACAAUAAGGCUUCAAGGGGUUGUAUCUGUGCAUGUUUGUCAAAAAACAACAACAUACCACACAUGUGAUAUACAUAUGUACUGAAAGAACCUGUGUCUUCUAUUUAUUUAUUGCAGAGCCGAAUAUCUAAACUGUACUUGACAAGAAACCUCCACACAAAUGCAUCUUGUUUAGUACAUAUUGACCAUAGUAGGCUUAUCUUGUUAUUUUGUAAGGUGCCAUUAUUUUAAAAAGACUUUUGGCACAGUGGCUUGGAUUGUAUUUACAAUGAUUAAAGAUGACAUUUCAACGAUGA